AUGAAGGCCCUUUCCACCAUCUUUGCAGUAGUCUUUGUGGCCACCACUGCAGUCCUACCUACUAGCACUCCCACCAAGGCUCUUCACCAUUUGGAGAACCGCGCAACUUGCACCAGCGCUGUUACUGAUAAUCCCAUCUUUGCAGUCUCCAUCGGCAUCUUCGAAAAAUCUCGCAACGCCAAGGAUCCUUCGUGCUGUAACUGGUCCUCUGACAAUUGCUCCUGGUCUCCCGAUAAGCCCGACGGCUUCAACUUCAUCCCCAGUUGCCACCGUCACGAUUUCGGUUACCGCAACACCAAAGCUCAAAAGCGCUUCACAAGCGAUAUGAGGACUCGGAUCGACGACAAUUUUAAGAAGGACCUUUACAAGUACUGUUCCCAAUUCUCGGGCAUCUGGUCCUUCAAGGGUGUGGAGUGCCGCCGCAUCGCCGACAUAUACGUUGCCUUUGUGCAAAAGUUGGGCAAGCGUGAAGGAGACGAGCUUGGAUUCACAUUGCGAGAUAAUAGUGGUCUGAUCAUUGAUGAAUAG